CAAUGUUACUGUAAACGGAGGAGGAUGGUCGGCAACGCACAUGGGAUGGUAUUCUAGCACAUGAUAGUGUUUCAAUACUUCUGUAUCAUUCUGAGAAAAAGUCGUUACUUUUCGUAAAGCAGUUUCGCCCAGGUAUGUUGAAUUCUCCACCUCUAUUGCACUUUGGUUUUCAGUAGUCGUUAGGAUUUUAUGCCGAUAAUGAUGUUAUCUCACUUAUUUCUGAUUUAUCACCAAUCACAGUUAUGUUUUUAUACAAUUCAUGUUCCAUUUCUUGAUAAACUUCAUAUAGAAAGGUUGUUUUGUAUAUUAAGUGUUUUCAGUUUCAUAAUUGCUUUAAUUCCAGCAUUUGGUACUUAUAUUCAUUUUUCUUGGCAGGGCCUUGAACAUAUUCUCUUGACAAAUUGGUUGAUCAAAAACUGUAUAAUCAGUCUAUCGCUCGAAGCUGAUUUAAUUUAAAACACCAUCACUCUCUAUAUAACCAGUGACAUCCCGCUAAAUCUAAUACCCUUCAGCCUGGCAUUUAAAUAAUACUUUAGCUGCUUUCCUCUCAGUAAAUUUCAAAAUAAUUAUCGAAAUGUUGCGUUUGUACUAUUACUAUGUCGUUUUUCGACCAAAACAUCACAAAAAAGCUGUUGAGUGGGUUUAACACCAAGUUCUACACUCAAAUCCACAUGCGGAAAAGGAUUUGACCAUAAGCUGCUUUUCAUACUGUACUAAAUAACCAAGAUAGGUUAAUCAGUAGAAGUGUGUACAGAAAAAUUCAAUUGUUUCUCGGUACAUGUAUUUCACUUGUUUUUCAUUUAUUCCAUACUCAUUUAGAGCUUACUUUGUGAAGCUAAUUGCCAAGCAACUUAACCAACAAGUUACUGUGCACCUUAGCUUGUACCUGAAAUAAAGUUAAACAAAGUCAGUACAUAUCUCCGUUUUUUUAACAGGUGGAUAUUAGCUGUUUGGUAAAUAGGACUAAAGCAUCAUGGGUCAUUUACUGUUCCGUCGUGUUUUGAAAAACUGUAGUUGAAACUUGUUUCCCUCACAUUAUUGAGACCAUAGGAUUUCCAACCAUUAACCCUGAUUCCUGUAUUCUGAAAAGGUUUACAGUACUGCUGCCCUAAGAUGUUUUAAUAGGCCCUUUACUAGUCUCAACCCUUUUUUUAUGAAUCUUUAAUACCGGUCUAUUUAAACUUUGAUUUGUGACAUACUUCGUCCUCGAGUGUUACGAAAGUUUCUGGUGAUUAUUCUCUAUCUACAUUAAACCCCAUUACGUCCGCCACCAUCACGUUAGUCACCUACGCAUUAUAGUGUUAACUCACGGAAAUUUUCGUUGGGUGUGAGAUAUAAAUAGAUAUGAUUGGACAAUAGUUCAAGCUAAUGGCUAUGCUAAUAAUUACCUGCAUGAAAACUUCCUCAUUGAUUAUAUCCCGUGCCCUCAAAUGCCUUCGUAAAGCCGAGAGUAGAAAGAGUCAGUCCUCCCUCUCGAAAUGCUCUCACAUGUCCACGUGCAUACAACCACUGCCAGGGAAAUCAUACUGCCUUCUCGAGGCGGGGGUGUUACUUACGAAAUUGAGAGGACGGAAAGCAAAUAUCUGGCGUUUUAACUGGGUUGGUGGACACGGAGAGUCCACCUAGGGGGAGUUGGAAAACCCUGAUCCCAAACCAAUGGUGCACAUAGGCUCCAGUAUCCUGAAGGGACAAAUAGCAUAUGAGCCGAUUGUUGAUCACCGGCUACCAUGGGACUGCAUCUCAUGACGUUGCUUCACUGCCUUGUGGAUCACACCUUUAGGUCGAAGACUCCGGGUGUGACCCCUUAAGGGAACCAUUUGCUUCGGUUUGGGCACCUGAGCAGUAUCCAAGCCGUUACACAAAUCGAAUGAUUUAUGUGGCGCAUAUAUAUUUGGUGCCUCCUUGUGACAAGGUUUGUUUAAAUAAAUAAAUUAUAUCCCUUAACUCUUGCUCGACAGCUAACAACAUCGUGGACGGGGUUUCUGGGUUGAUGUACAGUAAGAUUACAAACAUCACCAACACCUGCUAUCGUGGAUUAUGAACCAGUUGGGUGUUAUUUGACAAAAUUUCCAUAACUAACGAAUAAUAAUGCUAGUUUUUAUGCUCCGAAGCUUAAGUUUUCUUGAAAUCUUAUAUAUCCCUUCUAUGACGAGCAAUAUCAUUUACAAAGUUCAAUGGUUCUGUAAUGAAGCUAUGACUUAGUGGUUGAACCAUUCAGCUUUCAGUUUAUAUGUUAAACGUUUGGACCCAGAUUGACGUGUUUCCACUUAGUCUAUCAUAUAGUAUCACCAUCUCUCAGGUAGCGGUUCAUAAUCAACUGUACGAAUAUAUACCUAGUAAGUGAGUUACAUUACCUUCGGAGUUUCGUUUCCGAUAGUUAUUAAAAAUGUGUUCUGCUCAUAAUCUCCCUUGAAAGCCUAAAAAAUAUCAGCCAUUAGCGUUAUGUUCCUCUCAGUCGUCAGUUCCAGAUUUUGUAAGUUUCAAGUUAAGUACAAAUAUAGGACGAUGUGCUAAAUUGGAUCAGCGGGAGAUCCACAAUCUUGUUUAAUUACUUGUUAAAACUUACCAUGACUUUAACAUCAUUUGAUGCCGCAACCAAACUUUGUCCCUGAGUCAUUCAAACUAUCGUAGUAAGAAAUGUAGAAAUAUAAUCAUUAAUGUAUUUUAAGUUUGUGUAUGGCAUUUUCUCAAAUACUGGAAGUAGUUUAAAGCAGUCAUUAUAUUUCAUUUUAGUUGUAUACUAUUCAAAGUUGAGAAAGCUUGGACUUAUCCGAAGUGUAACAGAUGGUCCAGUUGAAAGCAGUGAGAAUAAUCUCCCAUCUAGCAAAAUUGGGGAAACAUUAGAACUGUGUGCUGGAAUAAUCGAUGGAGUUCAAAAGAAUCCAAAAUUAUAUGCUGUUCAAGAGGUUUUGGAAGAAUGUGGCUAUAAAAUCAAUGAAGAUUCCUUGCAUUUAAUAAAUUCGUUUUAUUCAAGUGUUGGAUUAGCAGGUACUGAAGUAACUUUAUACUAUGCUGAAGUGCAUGAAAAUCAGAAAGUUCCUAACGCUGGUGGUGGAUUACAUGAAGAAGGUGAAUAUAUUGAAGUCAUAGAAUGGCCUAUUUCACGAAUUGAAGAACUAUUUCAAAAUGGUACCAGUGGUACUCAUCAACAACCUACUUCACUGUCAUUAUUGUAUGCAAUAAUGUGGUUCAAACAGAAUAUUCUGCCUUCUUUACUUUUAGAAAGUUAGUUUUUUUAUUGACCGAAAUUAAAUUCGUAUAUGUGGAGGAAGGUAGAAGCUUACAAACAAGUAGAUUUAUUUUAGUCACUUCGUAUUAUAAAUGUGUCUUACUGUUUCUUAGUUGAAACCAUCAUCUUUCAUCGUAUGAAUUAGCCAGCAAUACACUUUUCUUUAUUCUUUCACUUAUAAAAAACACUACCGAUCAAAUUAAAACUAUUUCCAUCUUUCUGUAGAAAUUCAGUAGGUUUGACGAAAAUUCUAUAAUCUUGUGUUUUCUCUUGGAAAUAUUUUCAAGAGAUGAUAUUUGGUCAAUGUUAACAACUAUUUGUUUCUUCUUUAUGCAAUGUAAUACUUUUAAGAGAUUCAAUCAGAUUUAGCUAAAUAGGAUUUCCUUUUUUUAAAAACUUUCCAUUUUCAAGUUCUUAAAAAGUGUACUCCAAGGUAAGUCUGUCAUCACAAAACUUUUAUUCUUUUAUGAAUAAACAUGACUUUCAUAUUGUAUCAUCUUCAGUCAAAGCUACAAUAAACUUUCUUAGUG